AUGGAUAAACGGACGCACCCAUUGACACAACAGUUGGACAAAUGGACAACACGGACCGACACCAACGAACUGAGAAAGUUGGGAACUUCCUCUGAGGGCGAACUCUUGGCCUCAAGCCAAGAGACGGUUGAUGGCAAAGCUGUGAACCACAGCACGCCAUCAACCUUAAAUCAACCAUGCACAUCCGCUGAUGCCAAGGGGCAAAAGCGCGAAAAAGUUAAAAAAGGCCCGUCCAGGUAUAAGCUUUACCAGAGGUCUCUGACUAUUCUCGGAAGAAUAAACAAAAAUGAGGCUGAAGGGAAAACUCAUCCAAAGGACGCGGCCGAUAAGGCAGAAGCCGUGAAACGCAAUCGUUCGCAGGACGAAAGCGACAAGCCAACGAAGAAGCACAAAGUGUCGGUUCACACCGCUUCAAUACCAAAACCAACCAAACGCUCAUUUAAUGAGGUGGAACGGGAUCACCUGCAAAUAGCGUCGGUUGAUGAAAUAACUAACCGCGGUAAACCUGCAUCGGAUAAGUGGUCCGAAAUCGAGUCACGGCUGUCCCGCAUUGUCGUCGAUCACGUCAUGGCGAACCCGGAGGGUCAUGUGCCAGGAUUUGAUUCAAUGGAGGUGGUCCGCGGAUACAGAGUGAUCAAGUGCGAUGAUCAACUAUCCCUUAACUUCCUGCAAACAGUUGUGGGCAAGAUCCAGAGCGACUGGGAAGGUUUGAGGCUCAAACUCAUCCUGGCCAGCGAAAUCCCUCGACGGCCGAGGGCUCGCAUCUGGAUUCCGAACAUUGAAUUCGAAGCCAAGCAACUUAGUCCAUACCUGCAGGCACACAACCGCACUGUUCCGAUGGAUGACUGGAGCAUCAUCAAAGCGGAGGCUCCGCAAAAGAACAGUGUAUCCUUCCUUCUCCAAAUAUCGGAGGAGAGUAUCGAGCCACUGGGAAAAGUGGACAAUAAACUUCGGUUCGGCGUCAGGAAAACGCAGCUGAAGAUAUUCCGAUCUGCAAAUCCGGAGGAUGAACAAGAUGAGGUUGACGGCGCCAACGAGUUGCUCACAGGCAUGCAACUUGACGACGCCGCAUCUACCAAAAACGAUGGCGUUAAUGAGCAGCACCCGGGAGUGCAGCUUGGCGAUGCCGUCGAAUUGUAA